CUGACAAACUGUCCAGCUUAAGGAAGUCUUCCAGGAGUAGAAAAGAGCGAGCUCAGGGGAGUCUCAAAACAACAGGUGCUGAUAAAGCCGACAAUGUCUGAAGGUAGCAGGACGACUUUUUCGGGCCGGAGGGCUCUGCCGCCCAACAAUUCCAAUGGAGAAGAGGAUGAGCUCCCCACCAUGGAAAUUGUGGGCCUCUUGCCCAGGGGAGUCCACUUACAAGACUAUCUGAAUGUUACGGACAUCCACCUCUUCAAGGACCAAUGGGAUACCAACAAGGUAGAGCAUCACACAGACCGUUAUUACAACGAAAGGUUGAUCGUACGCCGAGGGCAGCCUUUUUUCAUCCAGAUUGACUUUAAUCGCCCCUAUGAUCCCAGAAGGGAUGUCUUCCGACUGGAAUAUGUCAUUGGUCGCUACCCUCAGGAAAGUAAAGGGACCUACAUUCCUGUUCCCAUCGUGUCAGAGUUUAAAAGUGGAAAGUGGGGGGCAAAGAUCAUUUUGGAAGAGAACCGGUCUGUCCGCCUGUCUGUCCAGUCCUCCCCAGAAUGCAUUGUGGGGAAAUUCCGCAUGUAUGUUGCCAUCUGGACACCCUAUGGCAUUAUCCGAACAAGCAGAAACCCAGCAACUGACACUUAUAUUCUCUUCAACCCUUGGUGUGAAGAGGAUGCUGUGUAUCUGGAUAAUGAGAAGGAAAGGGAAGAGUAUGUCCUGAAUGACCUUGGAGUUAUAUUCCAUGGAAACUUCAAUGAUAUAAAAACUAGGAGCUGGAACUAUGGUCAGUUUGAAGAUGGCAUCCUGGAUGCUUGCCUAUACUUAAUGGACAAAGCUCAAAUGGAUCUCUCUGGACGGGGGAACCCAGUGAAAAUCAGUCGUGUUGCAUCUGCAAUGAUCAAUUCCAAAGAUGAUCAAGGGGUUGUUGUUGGAUCCUGGGACAAUGUAUAUGCCUAUGGUGUGCCUCCUUCUGCCUGGACUGGGAGUGUCGACAUUCUGUUGGAAUAUCAUAGUUCUGGAAAUCCAGUACAGUAUGGUCAGUGCUGGGUUUUUGCUGGUGUCCUCAACACUUUUUUUCGUUGCCUUGGAAUACCUGCCAGAAUUAUCACCAAUUAUUUCUCAGCCCAUGAUAAUAAUGCCAAUUUGCAACUGGACAUCUUCCUGGAUGAAGAUGGAAAAAUAGAUCCUAAACUUACAAAGGACUCAGUGUGGAACUAUCAUUGCUGGAAUGAAGCAUGGAUGACCAGGCCUGAUCUUCCUGUUGGUUUUGGAGGAUGGCAAGUGGUGGACAGCACCCCCCAAGAAAACAGUGAUGGGAUGUACCGCUGUGGUCCUGCCUCUGUCCAGGCUGUUAAGCACGGUCAUGUUUGCUUCCAGUUUGAUACACCAUUUAUUUUUGCAGAGGUCAACAGUGAUCUUGUCUACAUUACAGUCAAAAAAGAUACCACUCAUUUGGUUGCAGCUGUUGAUAAAACCCACGUUGGAAAAUUAAUUGUGACCAAGGAAAUUGGUGGAGAAGGAAAGCAGGACAUAACUGAAAAUUACAAAUUCCAAGAAGGCAAAGAAGAAGAGAGACUUGCCCUAGAAACUGCUCUGAUGUAUGGGGCUAAAAAACCUCUUGACACAGAGGGCAUCCAUCAGUUCAAGGCUGAUAUUGACAUGGACUUUGAGGUAGAAAAGGCUGUGCUUGGGAAAGACUUCAAAGUCACCAUCACUUUCCGGAAUAGCACCUCCACACAUUACACCGCGACAGCAUAUCUCUCUGGCAAUAUCGUCUUCUAUACAGGUGUGGCAAAGUCAGAAUUCAAGAAUCAGACUUUCGAUGUGAAAGUGGAGCCCUACUCAUUUACAAAUGUGGAGGUGCAAAUUAAAGCUGGCGAGUACAUGGGCCAGCUGCUGGAACAGGCCUCGCUCCAUUUCUUCAUCUCGGCUCGGAUCAAUGAGACCGGCAAGGUUCUUGCCAUGCAGAAAUCAACUGUGCUGCAUAUCCCUACAGUGAACCUCAAGGUUCGAGGACAAAAAGUAGUUGGUUCAGAUAUGGUUGUUACAGUAGAAUUCACCAACCCACUGAAAGAAACACUGCACAAUAUCUGGAUAUACCUUGAUGGACCUGGAGUAAUGAAACCAAUCAGGAAAAUGUUUCGUGAACUUCCACCCAAUUCUACCUUGACUUGGGAAGAAGUGUUUCGGCCCUGGGUUCCUGGCUCACGGAAACUGAUGGCUACCCUGAACUGUGAUGGCUUGAGACACGUGUAUGGGGAGCUUGAUCUCGAGAUUCAAAGAAGGCCCUAGGUGUAAACCUGCAAGGGAGAAGGCAGAAAAAGCUUCUCUUCCAAGUCUUGGUUAAGAAAUUCUGAUGCAAAGAUAGGCCAGCUCUUCUUUUAUCUUAGGUGCUAGCACAUUACACAUUCUGGAAGGCAAGGCCAAGAAGUGAAAGGGCCGGUAUGCACUCGACAUCCAAUAAGAAGCUUUCUACCACACUUUUCCAAAUUCUGCUUCCUCGGUCUGGAGGUGCAUGCAGACAAGCUGGAGAGAUCUUGAAUAAUUCCAGCUUCUAAAGUGUUCUGAGCAUUAGCUUUAAUUAAGUUCUAAUUAAGCUCUAAUAGCUCAUCAAACUAAAAGUUAUCAUUUAUCAUGGCAAACGGCUCAGACUCCAAUAAUCAGAGGGAUUUUCUAACCCAAGUAAUUUGCUUGUGCCCUGAUUUGAUUUCAGACAAGAUUUCCAGUGCCCAGGAAGUAAAUAUACAAAUAAACAAAGACCCUCCAAAAAGAAACACCACACAAACACACCUUGAUCCAAGUGCUUUCUUUUUGUGCUUUCUGCCCAUGAAUGUUUCUCACCACACACACACACACACACACACACACACACACACACACACCUUCCGCCACAGCAGCAUUUUCUAUAUGGGUUAUAUGAGGGGAAGGGCUUCCAAAAAGUCUCUAGCACCUACAGCAGAGGGACUGCCUGCCAAAUUUCACAGAUUUACUGUGUGAAAAGACGCAGCCCCAUCUUAACAAACUACAUUUAUGAGGAAUGUAAUCACCUAAGAGAUAUGGAAGCAAGGGCACUACUCAGGCCUUUUAAAACAAGACAGCUUUAUGGUGCAUUUGAUAGGAGAUGUCAGACUGUGGCCUCAUGCACAGGAGCCUUUUAGCUCCUAGAGUUAAUGAAGUAUGGUUAUAAAGUACUAAGACAGGUUUGUGGAGUGUGUGGAAUCUGUCUCACUACUUUAAAUUCACACUUCUUCCUUGUGUCCUGAAUCAUUCACCUCCCCAGAAAUUUAGGCCCUAGAAAUUCCUUUUAGAACCAUGUCAACUAGGCCAACGCUAUGGAUGGAGUGGUCAGUUUGGUGGAUGGAGAAGGAUUGAUUCCUACUAAAUCUUUCCAGAUAUUUGUAUCUUUCAUUCAGUAACCUCAGCUAGAACUGGGAUGCUGAAAACGGAUAUUUACUCAGUCUUGCAAAUGGCCACUAGUGCUGUGAUGCUUCAGGCAAAUGAUAAAGAAUGUCGCAUUCAUUCAUUUUAUUCCCUGAAGGGAAUGGUACAAUUGGGACAGUGCUUAUUUGCAAUGCUGGUUUAUGUUAAAACUCUAUCAAAAUGCCCAAGAGAAUGGUCUAGAUCAGAAGAUUGUGAUUCUUAGCAAAACUGCACAGUAGGAUAGAGAACUGGGGUAUGGGAGGCAGGGGUCAUAAAGGAUAGAAUUGUAUACUCAGAGUCAUAUGGCCACCAUUGGUGGAAAAUUGGGUCUUGGAUGCCCUUCCCAGGCAUCUAGACAUAAGUCCUACAAGAGUAUUUUAAUCAAUGCUAAGGCUUUUUUAAAAAUCACUUUUAUUAAGUAAUGUCAAGAGCUUUUGCUGAAUCUUUUGGUAACCAAAUUUCUGAAAGUUUUUGCUAUGCUACAAACUAGCUUGACUGUUAUUCACUUGCAUGUUCUAAUUAACCAGUAUGUAAUGGAACCUUAAAAUAAAAUUCAUCCCAUUACACUUGUA